CGCCUAGGUGGCGUUUGCGAUGAACGUUACAGCAUGGUAAUGGUGGAGGACGUGCCUAUGUCAUUUGGAAUGGUGAGCCUCUUGCCACACGAACUGGGACAUGCUCUUGGGGCGCCUCACGACGGAUUAACACAUAUGUGGAAUGAAUGUCUUCCGCCAAGAAACGACUGCCGCAGAAAUAGCAAUAUUGGAAACUUCAUUAUGCAUCCUUCCAAACCAGGCAAUGUGAAGUUCUCAAAUUGUUCCAAAGAACACAUGAUAGCAUUCAUAUCAACUCUAUCCACCAGUUGUUUCGAGAUUAAAUCAAAUCAAAACUGCACAACAGAAGUGAAAGAGCUACCAGGUGUGUCUACGAACUUAACAAAAAUUUGCCAAAUAGCCCAUCCUAAUUUUCCAGAGUGGAAAGUGGAAACUUUUAAAGAAAAAUGCCGUUUUGAAUGCUGUAGUAGCUUCGACUAUGAAUUGACCUGCGGAGCUGAACAUUUCCUACCGGAUGGAGCUGACUGUGGGGAUGGAAAGAGGUGCGUAAGAGGCGAGUGCGGCUACUACGACCGAUACGGCGAACCGACGACCCCACCGAAAAAUGGCUGA